AUGCAAUUGAACCCCGGAAAGACCCUCCUUGAGGCGAUCGACAAGGCUAACAGCGACCUGCGCGAUCUUUCCCUCAAGAUCCACAGCCACCCAGAACUGGGUUACAAGGAGUUCUAUGCCCACAAGACCGUGACGGAUUUCAUGGCCGAGCGAGGAUUCCAUGUUACUCGUCAUGCCUGUGGGAUUGAAACUGCUUUUGUAGCAGAAUAUAUUCAUCAGGGGAGUAACCCUGUGGACCCUUCGCCUCUUCGGUCUGUUGGUUUCUGUUCUGAGUACGAUGCGUUGGCACUCGGUGGAAGCGGCGACAAGGUUGUCCUUGGGCAAGGAUGUGGCCACAACUUGAUCUGCACCGCGGGAGUGACAGCAGCGUUAGGUGUAAAGGCUGCGAUGGAGAAGCACAACAUUAGGGGCAGAGUGCGUCUCUUGGGCACCCCAGCAGAGGAGACAUUAGGAGGCAAGCGGCCUAUGUUGGAGAGGGGAGCGUUUGAUGGUUUGGACGCCUGUAUGAUGAUCCAUCCUGGUCAAUUCGAUGUUCUGUACCGUCAGCCUUUGGGUGUUGGGCGUCUUGAGAUUGAGUACCGUGGCAAGGCUGCCCAUGCCUCUGCUAGUCCCUGGGAAGGCAUUAAUGCGUUGGAUGCAAUUGCGAUGGCGUACAAUGCUAUCGGCCAGCUCCGUCAACAGACCCUGCCAACGAACCGCAUUCACUCCAUCGUCACUAAUGGCGGCCAGGCUGCCAACAUCAUCCCAGAUGUCGCGUCAAUGAUCACGCAAUACCGCGCAAACAAGAACGAAGACCUCAACAAACUGCAUGACCAACUCCUCGAGAUCUUCGAGGCCGCCGCAGAGGCCACAGGAUGCACCGUCACCGUCGAAAAGACAAUGGAAUACAUGCCCCUCCACAACAACUCCAUCCUCUCUGACCGUUACGGAAAAUACAUGACAUCCAUGGGUGUCCACUACAACUCUCGUCAAGUCGACGAAACCACCCCUGCGGGAUCGACUGAUAUGGGAAACGUCACCCAUGCCCUGCCAGGGAUCCAUCCGGUUUUCAAUAUUGCGAGUUUGGAGGGGGUUCGGGAGCCGGGUCUGUCAACACAUUCGUUGUUGUUUGCCGAGAGGUCUGGAACAGAAUUGGCGCACAAGACGAUGAUCCGCGCGGCCAAGGCGCUUUCAUUGACCGGGUUGGAUGUCCUCUUGGAUGGGGAGUUCACCAAGCAUGCUCGCGAUGAGUUUGAGAAAUCCAAGGAGCAGUAG